UAGCCAAUCAAAUGUGUUGUUCAAUAUGGGGCUGAUACUCCCAAGGCAACCCGUUAUACUGCUUAUCAUAAGACGAAGCAGGUGACCAUGCAACCUAUGAAUAUGUACAUGGUACCCAAUCCAGGGAUACCUGGAUGUCCACCUGGUUUAGAGUACCUAACACAGAUCAGCUUCUAAUUAAACAGAAAGUGGAGCUUAUUGAAGCUUUGGUAGGCUUCGAGAGCAACAAUAAAUAUGAGAUCCGAAACUCCUUGGGGCAGAACGUUUUCUACGCUGUUGAGGAAAAUGACUGCCUUACGCGUCAGUGCUGCGGCCCGUUGCGAUCUUUCACCAUUCGCAUCCUCGAUAACUUUGGACACGAAGUCAUCACAGUCAACCGCCCACUGAAAUGCAUGUCUUGUUUCUUCCCAUGUUGUCUGCAAGAGCUGGAAAUCCAGUCUCCUCCAGGAAACACAGUGGGUUAUGUUCGGCAGCAGUGGCACCCUUUCCUUCCUAAAUUCACCAUUGAGAAUGAGCACAGAGAGCCUGUUCUCAAGCUCCGGGGACCUUUCUGUGGCUGGAGCUGCCUACCAGAUGUGGAUUUUGAGAUCUUGACUAUGGAUGAAGUCAGUAUCGGGAAGAUCAGCAAACAGUGGACAGGUCUUCUCCGAGAGGCCUUCACGGACUCUGACAACUUCGGGAUACAGUUUCCAAUGGAUCUUGAUGUGAGAAUGAAGGCAGUGAUGAUUGGGACCUGCUUCCUUAUUGACUUCAUGUUUUUUGAAACGAAUAACUAACUGCUCUGCAGAGGAAUGAGAGGAUGGCGUGAUGUUCUGAUCUAUGGAAAUAGGUGAUAAAAGGAAAAACUAUUUUUAGGCAUCGUUCAAAUGUGAAAUCAAAUGCAAUGCAUGUUAACAUAGUGUAGAUAUUUUUCUUGUGUAAUGAUUAAAGUGUGUUUAAUUUUUA